AUGACUAAUACCGAAGAAAUUGAACAAAAACUUGGCGAAAUUACCGAGAAAUUAGAAGAACUUCCUGAACCUAGAGAACUAACUGAAAUAGAAAGAAAAAAACUAGAAGCCUUAACUGAGGAAAGAUUGCUCCAAAGAAUGGCUUUUUUUAAAAGAUUACGCGAACAAUAG